UAAGUAUUUCCAUUGUCAUAUUGUAUCUAGCAUCAUAAUAAAUUAUUCUCGUUAGUUUUAAUACUAAAAGUUACGAUUACACACAUCAGUCAUUAGAAUGACCGAACCUGUUAAGAAUCCUCCAAAUUCACGCGGGCCGUGCCCCAUUGAGUUCACCGAGUCGCAGAUGAGCUAUGGACCGCCCAAAAUAAAUAAGGUUUUGCCCACACGUGCCAACCGCAUGGAGCAGUUCCUGUGGCAGGAGCUGUUUGCCGAGUAUAACCGUAAAGCGUCGGCCACUGAAGACUUGGGUGUGAACACCACUGAGUAUUUUGAUGUUUAUUGUAAGGAUAUACCACCGGAGAAUGAGGCAAGAAAGGAGACUUUGGUCAACAAGUAUCCGGUUUACUGUACCACGGCCAUAACUCUAUGGAACCAUGAUGGCGAUCCAACAAAGACAUUCAAAAAGAAGUACUUGAUCACACGGCCCAUUCAAGAGUGCACCGAGAAGUUUGCACCAUAGGUAGGUACGCACACGUGUACGCCGCA